AGUGUAGUAACGAAGUUGUAGCCCCGCCUCUUUUACCUUCUAUGGAAGAGCAACACCCUAUGGGCGAGCUGUGAUUGGUCAGCGCGUGCUCUCUCCAAUGUUUGUAAAUUGUAGUCUGGAGACACUGCUGUGUAGAUCUCAGCGCGCAAAUGUAUUUUCUAAUGUUUAUCAAUUUUCCCUGUUCAGAUUGUAUUUAAAAAUUACUGGCCGUCAGAAACAGCGGGAUACAAGGUCUUAGCGACGUUGUGGAUCUUCAGGAAACGAACAAGGCAGAAAGAGAGACUAUAAUGGUCCUUAGUCAGAUGGAUGCCGGUAAAGCGUUGACGGCGGCAGCAGCCAGAGGGGAUACAAGCGAGGUGCGGAGGAUCCUGGAGGAAUGCAGAGUGCAUCCGGAUACUCUCAAUGAAUUCGGCAGGACUGCGCUUCAGGUGAUGAUGAUGGGAAACUCCAAGAUUGCCAGGUUGCUGUUGGAAAAAGGGGCAGACCCCAACAGGCAGGACAAAUACGGGAUAGCACCUGUGCACGAUGCAGCCCGGACGGGGUUCCUGGACACGCUGCAGGUACUGGUGGAGUACGGUGCUUCAGUAAACAUCCCGGACAAGAGCGGCGCCCUGCCUAUCCACAUUGCCAUCCGGGAAGGCCACCGGGACGUGGUGGAGUUCUUGGCACCGCGGUCCGACCUGAAGCAUGCCAACAUCAGCGGUCAGACGGCGAUAGACGUGGCGCGAGCGUCAUGCGUGCCUGAUAUGAUUGACUUGCUUUUUGCUCAUAUUCAUAGUUAGUCAGAUGUCUGGGUGCUGGGUGGCCCUAACCGCUUUUUUUUUUUUUUGCUUCAAACCUGGUGACUUGAAUUCAUUGCUGUGUAAAGGAUUUUAUUUUUCUGUUAACAGUGGCUCAGCAUUAAUAUGUGUCACAGGACAUGUUGUCUUGGCAGCUUAUUUUCAGUUGAUGGGUUGUGGCUAUACACACUAGACACCCCUUUUGCACAGUGCAAUUUAGGCACCUUAUAUAUCUGUUUUCCCUAUUAAUUGGGAGUGCACAUUUGUAGAUAGUUUCCCCAGUGUUUUGUAAUUAUUGCAUUAUUUACAUUGUGUAAGAAUUUUAAUAGUUGUAUGUGUUUUAAAACAUUUUUACAAAACUUGACAUGGUGCACCCUGAUUGCUUUUCAUAGUUUUGUUUCUCUUAAUUAGAUGUACUUAGGCUUUGAAUUUACUCUUAUUUAUUGUUGGAAUCAGACUGAAUAUUCCUGUGACUCUGUAAAUAGCAACAUUUAUUGUGAUUUGUUGAAAUGUUAUUUAUAUAAAUACUUUUAAAACAAGUGAGAUUAUUCACUUUAAUAUUUGAAGAAGAAAGCACAAAAUAAAGUG